AUGGAAUAUCAUUUUUGUUAUCCUUUUUUUUUCACGAUCAAAAAACCACAUUGACAUUCUUGCAAAUCUUCUCACUAUGAUUUAAUAAUCUUAGAAUCAUUAAUGCAUCCUUUUCAAUUUUAUUAAUGCUCUUCUUAUUUGUGGAAAAUUAGAAGUGAUUUUUCUGAAUGGCUUACUUCACAGUGAAGGAGUUAUCUUUGCGAUUGCAGAGAGAACUCCUAAGCUCUUGUGUUGGAUCUCUUAGGAAUGGAGAAGUACGUGUCGACUAUAGAAAUGUACAAAAAUCUGUUUAUCGCCCUUUUCGAGCUCGCAGAGAUGUAACACCAAAGUAUGCUGGUGUGGAACAGGUUGCAAUCGACCCUGGCUCAGAACCAAUGAUAUUCUCACGCCUGUUCAAGCCUUUUAUUUACACAAUUGGUUUUAGCGCAACAUGUUUGGUUGGUGCCACAAUAUGGCAGUAUGAAAAUAUGCGAACUAAGUAUAUUGAUUCGAAAACUUGGACCUGGGGAUUUACCAGACACGUUGAAAAAAAGGGAACAAUUCGACAAGAAUUGAACCAUUGGUGGAGGAACAGGACUGAGGGAGAAAAAGUCUUCAUUCCAAUCUGCGCCCUUAACUGUAUUGUUUUUGCUGCUUGGAGGUUUCGCAGAUUCCAACCAACCAUGGCGAAAUAUUUCCUUUCAACGCCAUCUCGAAAAAAUUUGUGCUGGCCCAUGUUCCUCUCAUCGUUCAGUCAUGUUUCGAUCAUUCACCUAGCUGCAAAUAUGUUCGUCCUUCAUAGUUUUUCUAAUAUUUUAUGUCAUACAUUAGGCAAAGAGCAAUUUGUUGGUUUGUACUUGAGUUCUGGAGUGGUGUCAUCAUUUGCUAGUUACUUUUACAAAAUUGUCUCUAAGAACUCUGGAUUCACCCUGGGUGCUUCUGGAGCAAUCAUGGCAAUGGUUAGCUAUAUCUGUUUCCAUAAUCCUGAAGAGAAACUCUAUAUUUUGUUCCUGCCCUUUUUUACGUUCCAAGCUGGCGCAGCAAUCAAGGCGAUAAUGGCUUUUGAUGCUGCGGGUCUCAUUUUCAGCUGGAAAUUCCUUGAUCAUGCAGCUCAUCUCGGAGGUGCACUUCUUGGAAUAGCUUGGUAUCAGUGGGGAAAUCGAUACAUAUGGCAAAAAAGAGAGCCCAUUCUUGAAAAAUGGCAUGAAUUCAGGGGCACAGGCCGAAAACGAUGAAAUCUGUUUUUUCUCUCCAUUGUGUUAGCAUUCAUUGGUGCGACAUUCAAAUGCCUGCAGCAAAAUCACGAACUUCUCACUGCCACCCUUCCUUUAACUUAAUGCCAUAAUUCUUUUAAUUAACAUCAAAUUUAAUGUUUUAAUGUUUUCUGUGAUCACAAACUACAAAGAUCAGAAAGUUCUAUCUAGUCCUUAAAGGCACAUCCUUUAAGAUGGUUGGACUGCCAUUCAUAGCAAGAAUUAAAACAUCUCAAGACUUGUUUUGAGUUUUAUUUAGAAAGAGUUCUUGAACAUUUUCGACUUCAACUUUUAGAUCAGAUACUAGUUUUUAUUGGUAACAUUAAAAUCAAUGAAAUUAAACAUCCUAUUUAAAAACAAACCAACACAAACAUACAUAUGUAGAUCAAAUUAGCUCAGUUCUUCUUCAAUGAGUUGAAGUUGGAAAUUUUCAAUGUGUCGUGUUCUGCUGUAUGUGUUAUGUUUGAAAUUGAACUAAUCAUGUUAAAAAGAUCCAUAUGUAAAGAAAUGAAAUCAAAAGGAUCUAUGUUCCGUAGAAAUCUUAUGCACACAGUUACUUUUCAUUUAAUUAAUUUUCUUAUGGUUCCUUUUAGCAUGAAUAAUACAUAGCUUUCAAUUUUUUAUAUUUUUGAUAUCAUUAAAAGUCAACCUUUUCUGUUAAUUAAUGAGCAAAAUUAAAAUUUUAGUUUUAAUCCCAAAAGUAUCAUAAAGCAUACAUUUAAACAAUUUGCUCCAUGCGAUCACAUUUUAUUGUAAUGACUGACGCCGAGUGAGCUGCAAAUGUGGUAUUCUUGAAAUAUGCAGUUAAAAGCCACCCCUAUUUUAGUAUACUGUCGAUUAUACAUCAUAUUUUAUUAAUUCAGAUUUUGCAGGCAGAAAAAAAAGAAAAUUUAAGAGGAAAAAGUACAAAUAGCCCUAACUUAAUUUUGAGUUCUGGGACGGUUUAUUUAUUCAACACUAAAAGUAUGAAAGUUUUUAGAACCAUCAAUCCCAUUAUCAAAGGCUAGUGAUUAAUAUUACCUUCUUUUUACUCUAAAUUCAAUAUUGUGAGUACUUUGCACUUUGAACUCACAUUAAUAAUGAAGGACUUAAAAGUUCGGAAAUCUAAUUUUUCAAAAUUUUACCAAGCAUCUUUGUAACCACAAACUUUUGUUGCAUAAUGUGUGCAAGAAAUAAUUCUGUAUUUUCUCUCUUUAGUCUCUCAAGUCUCUUAAGUCUUUUUCUAACAAGUUCUAUUUAUUUGCCAUUAAAUUCAAUUUUAUAUUGCCACGACUCCAUUUCUGUUUUUAAGUUUUGGUUGUGUUGAACCAUAAUUGAUUUUUUUGGAAUAUAUAUUUUCU